CUCUUAGUCGCGAAUUACAGCGUGCACGGCCUGCUACGAACCCUGGAUAUACCGAAUCGGACUUUAGUUUUGAACCAGAAAUUAACCGGUACCCCAUGGACCCGGGUAGACGUUGGGCGCAGGAGCGUCGGUAUGCACAGCCUAUGAGCUUGACGAGUUUUGAAGAUGACGGGAACUAUAAAGCCCGCAAACGCCCAAGGGCAAGCAUGAUACGACGCGAGCCCGAAAAUUACGACGACGAACCUACGGCAUUGUCAAGUCCUUCAAAGAAAGGUCUUACGAUCUGUGAUGACAAGGCGGUCUGGGCAUUUUACGAAGAACGGUUCAAGACGAUUCAACAGAGCGCAUGUAAAUUGAUUGCGAAAGCAUGGGUAAAGGCCGUCGAACCAAAGAAGCAAUCUACGCACCCUUAUACAGGUGCAGAUGAGAAGGCACCUGAUUGGUGGCCGAAGCCUUGGGGGCCGAACAAGGAACAGAGAGUUAGGCACAAGGAGCCCGAUCAUCUGUACAAACGCGAACGGGUUCACCUCCUCAACCAUAUUCUUCGGAUGAUAGUCGAGCCGAACCAGAACCAACAUCCGAGUAUACAAAAGCUAUUUCUCAAUGUGAGUAAGCUGGAAGAGGUAACGAAUGAAGCGCUAUCGUCUUUCUUCACGGACAAGGACAACCCAAGCAACAUGGCAAAGAAGCCUUACUUGAAGGAAAUCUUUAAGGUUGCUCACCUUGAGGAACGGUAUAAAGAUGGCCAGAUUGAUGGCUCAACCGUAGUCUAUGUAAUGCCGAAUGAUCGUGUUAGUCAGGGCUACGUAUCUGAUACUGAGGAUAUUACAUCUGGGAGAGACGACGGCGAACAUAUUAACCCAACCUCUAAUUCCUCUAACUCGUCUCCACAAAGGGCAAAUAUGUCACAGACGCUUAUAGCUCAGCCACAUAGCACCGAGCAGAGUCCCACUGCUCAAAUCCCGGGUGAUGCAUUCGUGGGAGAGAUGCCUGUUCGCAGCACGCAAUACUCCCAACCGGGUUUAAACGCCGAAAUAGGCACUGAGCGGCAGACCUUUGUGGAAGCACCCAGUAUGUCCAGCCAAACACCCCUUCACCCGCCGACAAACUUAGGCCUUCACGACAUGUACACCAGCCCGCACGAUUCGAGCAGACGAUCCUCUAUGUUCACCACACCGUCGGAAUAUACAAGCCCGGCAACCCCGACCAUAUAUCAGCCGUGGCAAACGGGCUCGGCGCCACCGAGUAACCAGUCGGCUUAUACUUUUCCGCAGCAGACUGGGAACACCCACCAACCUUUCGUCGGUCACACAGGGGUUCCGAUGACUCAAAAUCAGCAGUAUAUCGGCACGUCAUUCGACGGGUUAGCAAGAGGGGGCCACGAUACACAGCAUGGCGGGAUGAUUCGGGCACUCCCUCAACCUACCUUUCCAAACUAUAUGCCUCACGAGUCAGGGCCUAUUCCGGGGCCAAGUGCUAAAGGCGAUACGCUUCCUCGGCAUCCUACGCAGUAAGUUCACCGCUAGUCGACGGAGGCAUUUGUAGCCUUGUCAACUAGCUGCGUUGGUGGCCGGUCUUCAUAUUGAAGAUUCGUCCCCCUAUCUAACGUCGACGUUACGUCGAGGUAAUAAUUGAAGGCAACUUAUUAAUUGUCUAUGUUCUGU